AUGGGUCCCCCGGGAAUUAAAGUACCGUUAGCAUUGAUUCACCGGCUCCGGCGCGGCGGCAGAGGCGGUGGCAGAGGAAAUAAUGAGUCCAACAAGACGGAGGGGGGCUCCAGUAGCGACAAGAAGGCGGAGGGAGGCUCCAGCCAUAAGAAGUCGGAGGGGAGCGAUCGCGGCGGCGCAACCACCAACAAGGUGGAGAUGGACAGCCUCCUAGGCCUUCUCAGAAUUCGGAUCAAGCGAGGUGUUAACCUGGCCGUGCGCGAUGCUCGCAGUAGCGAUCCUUACGUUAUUGUCAAGAUGGGUAAACAGAAGCUGAGGACUCAUGUUUUGAAGAGGGAUGUGAAUCCUGAGUGGAAUGAAGACCUGACGCUUUAUGUUACAGAUCCCAGUCUUCCCAUUAAGCUGACUGUGUAUGAUCAUGACACAUUCAGCAAGGACGACAAAAUGGGACACGCAGAAAUCGAGAUCAAGCAUUUACUAGAGGCCCUGAAGAUGAAUGGGAAUGGGGUGGGGAAUGAGGAGACAGUAGCUGCAAGAGUUCAACCCAAGAGAUCAAAUUGCCUGGCUUCAGAAUCCUGCGUGGUUUGGAAAGACGGGAAGGUCACACAGGAUAUGUGUCUCAGAUUGAAAAACGUCGAGAGUGGCGAGGUUGAAAUCCAAAUCCAGUGGAUUAAUCUUCCAGCUGCCUCCAAGCCUUAAUAUAUAUCACCAAUUCAUCAUGAAACUUUAUGAUGAUGUC